AUGUUGAGCACACUUUCGUUUAAAAAUUCGAGCAAACAUGGAAGUAAGAGUAGUGUGAAGGCCGAGAGCACUGUUGAUCAGAAAAAAGAGGAGAAGAUCAAGGACGCCGAAUAUUAUGCUCGUAAAAAAGCGAGAAGAGAGAAAAGAGCCGAAGAGAAAGCGUUGCGAGAAUGGAAUCUCAUCGCGUUUGCCGAGAAUCAUUUUCGUGUUGUAGCAACUGCGAAUAAGAAACUUGUGAGUGAACAAACACAUUUCUCGAUUAGAAAACGACAAUUUCACAGAUUGUGUACAAAAAAUACAUAUUAUUCAUUCUUUGCCAACAAGCGAAAGAGCAAUUCAUGAAGGAUCAGAUGUUGGUCGAAGUGAAUGCGCCGUGCACAAUUGUCGGCGAUCUUCACGGCCAAUUCCAAGAUCUAAUUCGUAUUCUGAAUCAUGGCUCGAAGGUAAAACCCGACUUCGCGGAUGCCAAUAAACGAGACUUGGCAUUCUUGCACAAUAACUAUGUCUUCUUGGGAGACUAUGUGGAUCGAGGACAAAAUUCGCUCGAGGUCAUUUGCACCUUGUUCAGCUUGAAGCUUCUUUAUCCCAACCGAUUCAUCCUAUUGCGCGGCAAUCAUGAAACUCUUACUGUCAACAACACAUACGGUUUUAAACACGAACUUAUCAAUCGACUCGGCGAUGAAGGUAAAUUUGACAGUUUUUUGCCAAAAACUGCUGUUCAGAAUGGAUUUAUACUUUUUUUAAUGAGACAUAUAUGUUUCUGUACGAAUUUUUACGCUGAAAAAUAUCAUGUUUUCAAUUUUUGCUGAGCGGAUCUCUGAAGAUCCCGAAAAAAAAACAUCGCGCUGUAUUUAAUUGUUGUUAAUAUCCUCUCUAACAUGUGUUACGGGCUCUUCAUAGAGAGCCGCUCAGCAAAAAUUGAGAACAUGAUAUUUUUCAGCGUGAAAAUUCGUACAGAAACAUAUGUCUCAUUGAAAAUCUCCGGGGAUUCAUAACCCACUUCAACCGAUUUGAUAUAACUCAUCUUACAGACGGUUUUGAAGUGUGGCGCCGAUUCAACGAUUGUUUUGCAUGUAUGCCACUCGCUGCUAACGUUGGAGGAAAGAUCUUAUGCAUGCAUGGUGGCAUUUCAGACAAAAUGGAAUCGUUGAAUGAUAUUAAUAAAGUAUGUUCUUUUGAAAUCUAUCAUUGUUCCUACAAUCAGAUUCAAUUUUGCAGAUUCCACGACCAUUUACCGAUCCCAAACCCGAAACACUUGCCGAAGAUUUGCUUUGGAGUGAUCCAGUGGAUGCAAGCAGUAUUCAUGUGGUUGGAAAAACUGCGACUUUUAUGACCAACAAAGUUCGCGGAGUUUCAGUUGCCUUCAAUGAGCAAGCUGUAUUGGAUUUCUUGAAAAAGUAUAAACUCGAGUUGAUUGUCAGAGCCCAUCAAGUUCAGCCGUAUGGAUAUCAAUUUUUUGCGGGCGGCAAAAUGAUCACCAUUUUCAGCGCGCCCAAUUAUUUGGAAAAUGUGAGUGAUUUUCAGCUCGUCGAAAAAUGACAAAAAUCAUUUCAGAACAUUGGAGCGUUCCUAACUGUCACCAAAAGCGGCGCAGUCGAAAUCCAUCAACUCAAGUUUGUUGAACCGAAAGAGUAUGAGCAAGAAGUUGGAAGAAAAAAUGAGAAAAGCAGAGGGAGCAAAAGUACAAGCUCAACGUCAAGCUCAACAAGCAAAAGUAGCAAUGCCCGUGGUGGACGUGGGAAUGGACAAAAGAAAAAGAAGCGCGCAAAAAGCGAGCAUAUUGACGAGUCCUACAAACACUAG